GUAUUUAAUGAGGACCGCCGCCACCUCCUCCUCCUCCUACUCCUACUCCUCGUAUUCACUGGAACAAGUCGCUCUGCUGCUGGAGAAAUGCUGUACCAUGAACCACCUUCUCCAGCUUCAAACCCUAGUCGUAAAGUCCUCCUUCGCCGCCGACAGUUUCAUCCGCCUCUACGCCAAGCUUCUCACCCUCGCCGCCCUCCGCUCCUGGGGCUGCCUCCACCACGCUCGCUGCCUCUUCUCCGCCGCUCCGCCCUCCGCCCUUCCCCUGCUCUGCGACCCCAUGAUUCGCGCCUUCUCCCGAAGCAUCUUCCCGCUCGCCGCGCUCCCCGUCUACUCCCUUAUGUGCCGCCGUCGCAUCCCCCCGUCCCCCUUCACCUUCCCCUUCCUCCUCAAGGCUUGCUCCCGCGCCGCCUCCUCUCUCUUCUCCCACUCGGCCUCCGCCAUCCACUCCCGCAUCCUCCGACUCGGAUUCGACUCCGAUCCCUUCGUCCGCAACUCCUUGAUGACUCUCUACUCCCAGUUCGGUAUCCGUGACGCCCGCAAGCUCUUCGACGAAAUGUCCCAGAAGACAAUCGUCUCGUGGAAUGUCAUGCUGGCCGCGUACCUCCGGAUUGGGGACCUCAGCGCGUCCGAUGAGCUCUUUCGCUUGAUGCCGCAGAAGAAUGUUUCCUCAUGGAACAGCAUGAUCACGCGGUACGUCCGUGCGGGUGACAUGGCUUCCGCGAGUAGAGUCUUUCGUGAGAUGCCGCAGAAGGAUGCCGUCUCGUGGAACUCCAUGAUUUCAGGAUACAUCCGUGAGAAGAAUUAUGGGCGUGCCUUGGAUUUGUUCAAGCAAAUGCAGUCCAUCAAUGUGAAGCCGACGGAGAUGACGGUUGUGUCUGUUCUCGCUGCAUGUGCGGAAACUGGUCAACUGGAUCUUGGUCGUGAGGUGCAUUUCUAUGUGUGGAAGAAUGAUUAUCGAAUUGAAGGGUACGUGGGUAAUGCUCUGUUAGACAUGUAUGCCAAAUGCGGAAGCUUGAAUAUGGCCUGGAAACUAUUUGAUGAAAUGCGCCUGAAGCACGUAACCAGCUGGAAUGCAAUGAUUGUGGCUUUGGCCGUUCAUGGGCAGUCAGAGGAAGCUCUAAAUCUAUUUGCCUCGAUGGAGAGGGAAACAAGCCAUGAAGGUACAAGGCCAAACCAUGUCACUUUUGUAGGAGUUUUGAUUGCUUGCAGGCACAAGGGACUUGUAAAAGAGGGACAGGUUUAUUUCAAGAGAAUGAUCGAGGAGUACAAGAUUGAGCCAAACCUAAAACACUUUGGUUGCAUGGCUGAUCUGCUAAGCCGGUGCGGUUUGAUACAAGAAGCGUAUCAAAUGAUCAAGGAGAUGCCAGUCAAAGCAAAUGCAGUGCUAUGGAAGACAGUUCUCAGUGCUUGUAAGGUGUAUGGGAAUGUUGAAUUGGCAGAGAGUGCCUACACAGAACUUGCCAAGUUGGGAGCACCAAGUGAGGCAGAGUAUGUUAUAAUGUCAAACAUCUAUGCAAAUGCUGGAAGGUGGGCUGAUGUUGGACGCAUGAGAACUGGAUUGGUAGGUUGCAGCAUCGCAAAGCCUCCCGAUUGUAGUACGAUUGAACUGAUUUAAGAGGAUAGCUUCAAAGUAUUGUGAUUGUCGUGCCGUUUUAAAGCCUGAUUUCUUGGUCUGGUAAUAGCAGCCAGCUGAGAUAUUCAAACAGAAUUGAUCGAAACAAAAACAUAAAUGUUUGGCUUGGUGGGAUACAGAAUUUGCACUUCCACAUUUAAUCCAGGGAUCCUAUCUUUGGUAAUCUAUGCAGAGUUUUUGCUGGCUGGUUUAUGUUCUGAAGGUGUUUAAAGAAUGAUUUCAUCUAAAAGCUGAGAAAACGGAAUGGUAGGAAUGAUGUGGAUGAAAUAUCGAUCAAGUUGUCAUGCCUCGGAGGGGGAGGGCAUCAAAAGGAUCAUGGACCCGAUCAGAUCAGGCUGCAUUUGGGCUCAAAUCAAGGGCUAAUCAAGUCGAUCAAGCCUCGGAGCAUUAUAGGCCGUUCAUCCAAGAUUGAGCAGAUCUGAGCCAUCCGUUGAAGAUCUGGACGAUCCAACUUA